AUGCCCGUGAUGCCUUCCCCGGUGUGCCACCUCUUGGCGGGGUGCAUAUUUUUGUCAUCAACGAAGAACUUCUUGAGAGCCUGGAUGAUCUCUGGUGGAUUGACCACCAUCAUCGGAUAUAAUAAAACUAACUCAAUGACUAAGCACUGCAAGCCCAUUGCACGCUUUCUGCAUGAGGGUCUCUCUGGCCUUCUCCUUCAGUACCUGAUAUUCAUCAGGACUGUAGAGGAGGGAGAGGGAAGGCGAGACUGCCGAGACAGGCCUCUUGAGUACGCGCUGAAGAAGGAAACAAUGCAUUACCUCCAAGCGGGCCUGGACGUGCCAACUUAUAGGGGUGGUCUCGGCCCCCGUGUCUUUGCUCUCUUCCAUGCCACCAGCCGGUUAUGGCAUCACACCAUGCUGGGAUUGUCGGUAAAAGGUCAUGUGGCAGAACUGAAAGAGAUCCUGGAUGACAAGUCGACCACAAACAGGCUUCUGGGAGAGGAAAACGAUGGUGCGGAUUCAUAUGCCCUUUCUCCUCCCCCUACCAUCAAUGCAAAUGUUGGCAAUGUGGCAUCCCACGCCCUUUCCUUUGCCCCUCCAGCGGAUUCGUACACCUUUUCUACCCCUAUUGUUCAGAUGCCGCUGCACACACCUUCUCCCCUUCCUCUUCCUUCAAGUGCCCCCACUGCAUGGCAAUCGUCAACGCAGGCCAAACAGUGGGAGAAGCAGCUAUGGUCAAGCAGGUCUCCAUCUGGAAUGGAUGUUGAUGUCUUAGUUCAAGAAGAGGAACAGGAGCCCAGGUACAUCAAACCCCACAAACGUCGACAUCAUCUUGGGGCCGCACCCGUGGUCAUCGCUGCAGAGCAGAGGGGUGUGGGGGACCUCAGGACUGGGCAACACCCUCCCAGUCGCCAGAGUGCCAGUGAAGCUAUGCCUUCCCCUCUCCCCCAAGAGAUAGACGGCUCGAUGCUAUCGACAGCAUAUGAUUCAGAAUCCACCUGCAUGCUUCGAGCAGUGCUUGAUGAUCCGACGGCAACGUUCAGGGCUCCUGCCCAGUAUCAUGUCUAUAAGGAGAUCAUGGCCAGGAAGCGUCAUUGCCUCUUUGUUUCUGCCUGUGGUUCUGGAAAGAUGCUACCGUUUGUCCUCGGUGCCAAGAUGUGGGCCCUCAGCGGCAGGCAAUCGGUCUUGGUGUUGCCCUGCCAAAUCCUCCAUCCAGAGAUGCACAGACGCUUGGGCAAAGCCGGCCUCUCCCACUGCAAAUGGACCAUUGAGAAUCCGCAUCCAAGAGAGCAAGUGGUCACCGUAGCCGAUCGAGACCUUCAGCAACGAUCAUUGGUGAAUGGUAGACAGCUAGGGUGUCUCAUGUUCGAUGAAGCGCAUGGGAUCACAGAGGAUCAAAGGUUCCGUCCUGCCUACGAGGAUGCGAUCCACAAACUCUCAUGGCUCCAAGAUGCACCAAUCAUUUUCACAUCGGGCACGAUGUCCCGGGACUUCACGUCUGAGUUCUGGAAGGCUCUGGAUAUCUGGUAUCUGCCAGACAAGGCUUUCAUGGUGCUUGACAUUGGCCAAGAGCCUCAGAUGACAGAUUCGCCAGCCCACAAGGAGGAGUGGAAUCUCAGUUGGCGUGCAUCCACCGUCGGGGUCCUCUGUGAGGCAGAGAGGGGCUUGAAAGGAGACGAGCGGGGCCUGGUGUUUUUCGUGGGCAAGAGCGAGUGCAUGGAGUGGGCGGGGCACUUGGACUGCUCAUACAUCACCGCUGAUGUUCCACCCCAGCAGCGUUUCGAGGAUUGGCGUAGAGGGAAGCAACAGAUCCUGUGUCUCAACAAGGCAGGCUACUAUGGUUUUGAUUACUCUGCGGUAGCGUUUUCAAUCUUCAUUAGUCAACCGUUUUCAAUCAACGACUUCUACCAGAGUUCUGGGAGGGUCUUUCCUUCGCAGCAUCUGGAUGGUAUGAGUCGAAAGUACAUGGAACUUCGCGAAUCAGAACACUGCAUGGUGUUAUGUGCGGUGUGUCACAAGGAAGAGGAGGGCAAGCUGAGGGACUACGAUUUCAAUCGUCGCUGGGGGAAACCUUUCAAAAUGGCAUGCAAGGAUCGAAGCCCUACUAUCGUUUCUGAGAGCUGCUCACCUGAUCGCCCCCCCAUACGCAGGCAGGUUCCAGCCAUUCUUGGGCUGCUGCUAGACCUUCCACCUCGGCUGGACCUUCCGCCUCUGCCAGGCCUUCCGCCUCGGCUGGACCCUCUACCUCGGCUGGACCUUCCACUUUGGCCAUCAAUGUUUCACUUCAGCGAUCCUGAGCCAAUGGUGCUGCUGCUAUGCCCAAGUGCAGGCCUGUCUCCAGGAGCCUGGGGGAAAUGUCUGCUUUGCUGGUUGCAUGGUGCUCAUGGCUCGCACGCAACAGCAUGCUGUCUUGGCACCGACCCAUGGCAGGGGUGGCAAGAGCAUCAGCUGCAACGCCAGGAUAGGUCCUGGAAGCGUAGCCACUUUUGCGCUGAAAGGGGUGAAGGGGGUAAGGGGAAGAAUGUUGAGGGUUAUUGUUGGAUAUGCCUCCUUGACAAGAGCUCUAGUUUGGUGCAUCGUGAUUCAACUCCAAGGGGAUGCUCGGAGCGGCUCCGUGAGGCUCUUGCCAACUAUGUUGAGGAUGACAAAGUGGCGGCUAUGAAUCACAGCUGUUGCUUGGAUGGCAGGGCAACAAGGGAUGGCGUAACUACUUCACUCUUGUAUAUACUUUGA